ACAUUCGUUGACAAUAAUUCUUAUCCUACGGUAAUCGGGUUAUUUUCUUUUUCUCAUCCCUUUGUGUGAAAGUGUCUAUCUAUAAUCCCUUGUUCUUGUCCUCUGCCCCUCGUAGCAAUUUCGAGGUAUAGAAGUUUUGGAUAAUGGGUUUCAAUUCUGUGUACCAGGCUUUGGUGGAGCUUUUUCCUCAGGUGGAUGCUCGUUUAUUGAAAGCUGUAGCUAUAGAACAUGCUAAAGAUCCUGAUGGAGCUGUAGAAGCAAUUCUUACCGAGGUUCUCCCUUUUACCAGUGAGAAGAAGUUUCCUGUUGUUAGAAGCAAUGGGAAAACGGCAGAAAUGCCAAGCUCUUUAAUUCUGGAAUCAGUCCCCGGGGAAGAUGCUAAUGAUUCUCCUCUAGUGAAUGAUGCCCAUAACGUUGAUGGUGAUUCUUUAGCUUCAUCCUUCUAUGAUGCAAAUGACACUGAUGAAUUACAGAAUGGAAACACCAGAAAUGAAGAUUUGAUGCCAAUUACAAGGUGUGAAGAAACAAUUGUGGAAGCCAGUCAGGCUGAAAAGUUGGUUGUUGCAUCUGGAAGUUUGAUUAAUGAAUGCAGCAAGGAUGAUUUCAUUCAGGGAUCUGGGGAUUAUGAGGGUGAAUCCUUUGUUCCUUCUUGCGAUUAUCAGGACAAACGAACUGAUGAUGUAGAUAAAACUAAUGAGGCCUCAUCAUCAACUGCAAAUACUGAAAAUCCCGAAGCUGAUGUCUGCUUAAAUAAUUGUUUGGAUGCGAAUCAAGAUUGCGUUAAGGAUGCUCCAGCUUUUGACUAUCAUCCAGAGCAACAAUCUUUAGAUUGUGAUUUAUCAGAUCGAGCCUCCACAGAGCCAGAAGCUGAGAAAGAAAUGUCCUUUUUUGAUGGUCAUAACGAAGAAAUGAGCAGCUAUGUCAAUGCUGAUUUGGAUUUUCAGGAUUUUCCUGUUAUUGAUGAUAGUGCUGAGGGUGAAAUGUCGUUGAGUACCAUAGUAACACAGUCUGGCCAGAUAUGUAGAAUAAACCUGGUCGAGGGCAUUAUUGAAGAUGCAAAAAACUACAAGGAUGUGCUGCUUUCAGCCACAGAAUCAAUACUCAGGUUGAUCGAGGAUGUAGAACAUCAGGAAAACGAGGCAGAACAAGCUAAAGCUGCUGCUGCCAGGGGAGGCUUGGACAUCCUAGAGAAGGUGGAAGAAGUAAAAAAGAUGCUUAAGCAUGCAAAGGAAGCAAAUGAAAUGCAUGCUGGUGAAGUAUAUGGUGAGAAGUCAAUUUUAGCUACUGAAGUAAGGGAGCUUCAGACUCGUCUUUUUGGUUUGACAGAUGAAAAAAAUAAAUCACUUGCUAUUUUAGAUGAGAUGCGGGAAACUCUUGAAGUACGAUUUGCUGCAUCAGAAGAAGAGAGGAAAGCAGCUGAAAAAGAAAUGCAAGAGAAGCAAGAGAUUGCGAAAGGGGCCCUUGCUGAGCAAGAACUCAUUAUGGAGCAGGUGGUCCAAGAGUCAAAACUAUUGCAGCAAGAAGCAGAAGAGAAUUCCAAGCUAAGGGACUUCCUUAUGGAGAAAGGCCGUGUUGUCGAUGAACUGCAGGGGGAAAUCUCUGUUAUCUGUCAGGAUGUAAAGUCAUUGAAGGAAAAUUUUGACAAACGUGUAUCUCUCAGUAAGUUUUCCAUCCAGCAUACAAGCUUUCGUAUGGCAUCGUCAACUUCUUCAGUAAGGAGCGUGGCUUCAGAUCCUGCAACUGGGCACAUGGAGUUACCCGAAACACCCAAAAGGAUAAGCCCAGAACCCUCUGUUGAGAGCCAAACACCUAGAAGCAAUGUUGAGGAGGAAAAUAUUGGAUCUGAGACUAUUACACCUCGAAAGGAGCUUUUGGAAGAAGGCUGGGAGCUUUUUGAUAUUUAGAAAUUACCUUAGUAUAUCCCAGUUUGUGAAUAUUUUUGAAGGUUAAAUAAGGUCAGUCAUUACAAUAUUUCCUAUCUGAAUGGCUUGUGUUGAGCCUUUUUGCUGCUACAUAAAUUUGUACAUAAUUACAGUACUAACUGAUUUUGUAGGUAUUGGUGAAUUUCUGAAGAGGUUUUGAUUGCUUCUGUGUCCUUUCCAAUUCAUUUUAUAGUUGCACA